GAUGGGUACUGGAACAUGACUGUGAGAGAAAGAGCUGAAGCACUUGGGUUUGGAUACGAGGAAUAUCAAGUUACCACUCAGGAUGGUUACAUCUUGACAUUGAUGAGAAUUCCGAACGGGCCGGAAAGUCCAUCUGAUAUCAUAAAUAAAGAGCCUAUCUUGAUGUCUCACGGUGCCUUUGCAGCUGCUGAGAUUUUUACAAAUCUUGGAGAGGUUGAUUCUUCAUCCUUCUAUCUUGCCAACCAAGGCAAGGAUGUCUGGCUGUAUAAUAUCCGUGGUAACAUAUACAGUCGCGAACAUGUCAGCUUAGAUCCAGCUUCCGAUGAUGAAUAUUGGGAAUUCUAUAUGGACACAGUAAGGUAUGACUAUAUGGCGUGUGUAGAUUUCAUACUAGAUAUCACUGGAUACUCUCAGACAGCAAUUUUAGCUGAUUCUCUUGGAGGAGCAACGCUAGGAAUUGCUCUAGCUCUUGAGCCAGAAUAUUUUUCAUCAAGAACAUCUAUCGUUAUUUUGAUGACUCCAGCUUUGAUGAUGAGACAUACUAAUGCUCCUAUAUAUACUCUAUUGGGAAAUUACCCAUGGAUUCUUGAGACUGUGAGGAUGUUAGGAGUAAAUGUUGUUGGAGAUGAUAACUAUCUAGCCAGGGAAAUCUCUCACCAAGCUUGUCUUACGAUUCAUCCUGUGUGCAGUUUACUUUUCUCCCUUUUUGUUGCUGAUAAAAAUCCAUCUGCCCUUGAUGAUGAUUCGAUGGACAUCUUCUUGCCUAGAUCCUUAAACGGGGUUGCAAUCAGAGUAUUGGAGCACUUGUUUCAAAGCAUUAGAACCUCACAGCUGACUUACUUUGAUCUUGGUGUUGAGAGAAAUCUCGAAGCUUAUGGAACAGAACUUCCACCUCAAAUUCCUUUGGAGAAUAUUAAUACUCCAUUAGCUCUUAUGUGGGGUGAAUUUGAUGGCACUAUUGUUGAGCAUGACGCGCAAUGGAUGAGAGAGAGGCUAGAUGCCAAUAUCAUCUUCGAUCAUACAUAUGAAGGACAAACGCAUAUAACAUUUCAGAUGGGUAAUGAUAUUGAAGAAAUUAAUGAAGACAUAAUAGAAUUGAUGUCAGAGUAUCCUGCUUCUAGUCCUAAUACUUAAAACCCAGUUUUGCUUAAC